UUUGGUCAGCCUCACAGAAUACUUAAAUUGUCCUCAUCUUUCUGUAACCCUUCCUGUUCAUUCUGAACUUCUCAAAAUCCAACAUGGAGAAUCCCUCUUCAUGUUUUAAUUUCUUGCAUAUUGUUGCUUUACUUUGAGCUAUCUCAAUGUGUUCUUCCUGAACUGUAAAACAACCCCAAAUCCGUUGUCGUUACUGCUGCCUGCUCUUCUUCUUCUUCUUCAAUGGGAUCUUCAGGCUUUUUUCUUCUGUUAUUUGUUUCAUUGUUUUUCUUCAUUCCCAUUACCCAUCAAUUACAAUCCUCUCAAACCCAAGUCAUGUUGCAGCUAAGAAAACAAUUGGAAUACCCAAAAUCGAUGGAAGUUUUGAACCAGUACAGUGAAGACAUUUGCUACUCACCUUCGUCUCCACAGUUAACCAUUUCAUGCGAAGACAACUCUCUCACGGAGCUGAAAAUUAUGGGUGACAAGCCCGCCAAGGUUAGUAAAUUCGACGGAUUUGCAGUUCCAAACCAGACUCUAUCAGCAGGUUUCUCCAUCGAUUCUUUGGUCACGACCCUGUCAAGGUUAACCAACCUGAGAGUUCUUAGCUUGGUGUCUUUGGGGAUUUGGGGUCCUCUACCUGACAAAAUCCACCGGCUAUACUCACUUGAACUUCUGGACUUGAGCUCGAAUUUUCUGUUUGGUUCAAUUCCUCCUAAGAUUUCUACCAUGGAAGGGCUUCAGACGUUGACACUAGAUGGAAAUUUCUUCAAUGAUACUGUCCCUGAUUGGCUCGAUUCCUUAUCAAACCUGACAUUUUUGAGUUUGAAGGGGAACAUGUUGAAGGGUACCUUUCCUCCUUCAAUUUGCGGAAUCAAGGCACUCACUGUUCUUGCUUUAUCUCAGAAUAAUAUUUCUGGCAAAUUACCUGAUAUGGAUAGCUUAACCAACCUGCAUGUAUUGGAUUUGCGGGAGAACCAGUUGGAUUCAGAACUACCUGUCUUGCCUAAACCAUUGGUCACGGUUCUUCUAAGCAAGAAUUCCUUCUCAGGUGAAAUUCCCUUACAUUUUGACGAACUAGUUCAGCUUCAGCACCUUGAUCUAUCAUUCAAUUUGCUACAAGGUACACCUCCUAUAAGACUGUUCUCUUUGCCAAAUAUCAGUUAUUUGAAUUUGGCAUCUAACAGGCUGAGCGGGUCACUUCCCUACCACCUAAGUUGUGGCAGCGUACUUGGGUUUGUUGACAUUUCUACUAAUAGGUUAACAGGUGGAUUGCCGUCUUGCCUUAACUCUCCAUCUGAUAGCAGAGUUGUCAAGUUUGGUGGGAAUUGCUUGUCUGUUGAUCCACAACAUCAGCACCAAAAGUCCUAUUGCAAAGAAAUCCAGAAAAAGAGUAGGCAGUCUGUAAGUAAAGACAUUGGAAUAUUAAUUGCUGUUAUUGGAGGAGUUGUUAUUGUCAUGAUACUUCUGGGCUAUGGCUUCCUUGCUUUCUUUAAAAGAUAUUGUCUGCGAGGGACAUCAGAGCAGAAUUUAUUGCCAAAGGCAUUGCCAGAUAACUCGGCUUCAGGAUUCUCAUCUGAGAUCCUUGCAAAUGCAAGGUUUAUUUCUCAAGCUACCAAACUUGGGACUCAGGGCCUCCCAUGUCGGUUGUUUUCUAUAGAAGAGUUGAAGGAAGCCACAAACAACUUUGAUCAAUCAACAUUUAUGGGUGAAGGCUCAACGGGGAAGCUCUACAAAGGAAAAUUGGAGAAUGGGAACUGUGUUGCUGUACGAUGUUUGGCACUGUUCAAGAAAUACUCAAUUCGAAACCUUAAACUUCGAUUGGAUUUACUUUCAAAGCUUCGAAACCCAUAUUUAGUUUGCCUUUUGGGUCACUGCAUUGAUACUGGCGGACAAAAUGAUUCCAAUGUCCACAGAGUCUUUCUUGUUUAUGAGUAUGUGCCCAAUGGAAAUUUCCGUACUCAUCUCUCAGAGGAUAGUCCGGAGAAGGGUCUUAAAUGGUCAGAGAGAUUGGCAGUUCUUAUUGGUGUUGCCAAGGCUGUACACUUCCUACAUACUGGCAUGAUCCCUGGCUUCCUUAACAACCAACUGAAGACAAAUAAUAUCUUGCUAGAUGAGCAUCGGAUUGCAAAGCUGAGUGACUACGGAUUGUCCAUAAUCACUGAAGAAAUUGAAAAAAUUGAGGCAAAGGGAGAAGGCCAGAAAUGGCAGAUUACAAAAUCACAUGAUGAUGUCUAUUGCUUUGGUUUCAUAUUACUUGAAGCACUUGUUGGACCUUCGGUAUCUGGAAGAGGCGAAGCAUUCCUGCUGAAUGAAAUGGCAUCAUUUGGCAGCCAAGAUGGUCGAAGACGAAUUGUGGACCCUAUUGUACUUACUACAUGCUCCCAAGAAUCAUUGUCGAUUGUUAUCUCCAUAACCAACAAAUGCAUUUCUCCUGAAUCCUCUCGGCCAUCAUUUGAAGAUGUCCUUUGGAACUUACAGUAUGCUGCUCAGGUUCAAGCAACAACAGAUGGAGAACAAAAAUGAGACGCUUCAUGACAACCAACCACAUAUGAGUUUGGCACACACCUAAAAGACUUAGCCUCAUCUACAGAACCCCUACCAUGAAAAGGGAAAGUGAAUGUGACAUGGUCAAUGUCUGCAUGUAGUCAUUAAAGUUUGCUAGUUGUAACUGUAACAUAUAGUGGAAGAGGAAAUAUAAGAUGGCUCCCAAGAACUUUGUGGUUUUCAUGGUGAAUUAUGAUCUCAUGCAUGUGUUAUUCAUCAAUGGAAUGGCAUCUCUGCAUCA